CAACAUGUUUCAAUAGCAUGUGAUCGUUGCCGAAAGAAACGCAGAAAAUGUGUCCUGAUAUCUAAUUAUGAUUGCGAAAAUUGCUCAAAACAACAUAAAAAAUGUAUAUUUACUACAUUAUUUAAAAAACGUGGGCUAAAGCCAAAGAAAAAACAAAUUAAUACGUUCGAAGAUGUCAAUUUUCUGUUCGUACAUUCCAAUAAACAACAAGAAUCAUAUAAUUCACAAGAAUAUACACAAGUGCAGUUACCUACAGAAAAUAAUCUCAAUUUUCUGUUCCUACUCUUUAAUCAGCAAGAAACACAGCGCCAAAAUUUUCAUCAACAAUCACAGCCUACUACUUCACCUAUCAUAAUGCCUGCUCAACAAACUUAUACACAUAGAUUCAUUACACUGCCAAGAUUUGAUUUUGAUGAUUCUAGGUUCGAGACAUUGAUUAGAAAAAUAACACAUACUUCACCUAUCAAAAUGCCUGCUCAACAAACUUAUACACAUAGAUUCAUUAUACCGCCAAGAUUUGAUUUUGAUGAUUCUAGAUUUGAUUUUGAUGAUUCUAGGUUCGAGACAUUGAUUGGAAAGAUGACACAAAAGCAAGCUAAAGAAUGUCUUUCUACUUUGGAAAGGCGAUGUGAUAUAUUAAAACAUACAUUGAGUCAAGAACAAAAUUGUCGUUCGCCAACACCAACACGUACAGUCACCAGUAGAGACCUGAUGUUACCUGAAAGUCCAGGAUGUGAUAAAUCUUAUGAUAAUAAUACCAUUUUGGAUGAAAUCUUAAAUUCUCCCUUGGACUUUUUUACUGAAAAUGACUUUGCCGCUCUAGCUGAGGCUAGCGUUUUGGCUCUGGAAUCCUAUGGAAAAAAUUUUUGGUCUGCCAGUAUAUCUUGA